AAAAAAAAACAAAAAUAUUCCAAAUCCAUCUAAAUGAGAUUGAAAAUGGAAACUUCUGGUAAUGGAAAGAUGCCGAAGACUCCUGGAAUAGCUUCUGGUACAUCAACAACCACACAGCAACAGAAUGGUUCAGCAGCAGCAGCUAGUACCGGUAGUGGUGGUCUUGUUGGUUCAACCAUUGGCAAUCGUACGGGAGGAACAGGCGGUAUUGGUGGUGGUGGUGGUGGUGUUCAUCAUCAGAAUGGUUCAUCAGCCAAACAUCGAACUUCGAAAAUUUCAACAACCGGUAUUGGUGGUCCUAGUGUAAUGGGUGGUCCAGCAACACCAUCUUCAUCAACGUCAUCAUCAUUGCCAACGCCUGGAGCUUCAUCAACGGCUGCAUCUUGGCCUCAAUUUCGUUUUGCCACCACAUUACCAUUAAGAAUAUUAGUGUUAAAGGAUUUAGUUGGCGCAAUCAUUGGCCGUGGCGGUGGAACCAUCAGACAAAUCACACAAGAAACACAUGCCCGUGUCGAUGUUCAUCGAAAGGAAAGUUCAUCGGCAAACGAAAAUAUCAUUAUGAUUUAUGGUAAUCCAGACAAUUGUUCACAAGCAUGUCGCCGCAUAUUGGAAGUCAUGCAACAAGAGGCCAAAUCAUUGAAUCGUCCUGAUGAGAUUCAAUUAAAGAUACUUGCUUCCAACAAUCUUAUUGGCCGUAUAAUUGGUAAAGGUGGUAACACAAUUAGACGUAUUAUGCAACAGACUGACACUAAAAUCACAAUUAACAGUGCCAAUCUUGCUUCGCAAUAUCAACUAGAGAGAAUCAUAUCAAUCUCGGGUCAGUUAGAAAGUAUGUGUAAAGCCGAAGUGAUGAUUAGUCAAAAGUUACGCCAAUGUUUUGAAAGUGAUUGCAUGCAAUAUCAACAAUCUUUAAUGUAUCAUCAUCCAACUGGUUUUCAUCAUUCCUCGUUACCUCCUUCAUCGUUAUUAACACCUGGUCAAUCAGCUACAACCGGACCACUGGGUAUACCAUAUUCGUUGGGUCCAGGAUCACAUCCACAACAGCAGCCACAGCCAAUGUCUUAUCCACCAUUAGGUGCAUCGCCCACCUGUACGAAUAUACCACCAUCUGCUUUGAUUGGUCGAUCAUCUGCCGUUAUGGGCAGUUCGUCAGUCACAUCGCCAACAACCAGUGCCACUGGACCAGUUCCGGGUGGUUCCCAGCCACAUCAGUUACCUUCUUCUUCAACGCAAGGGCCAGCAGCUACAACAGCAUUUUACAAUCCAUAUAAUUUUGCACCUUUCAUGUAUUCACCUCACGGUCCACAAAGUAGUUUUGGUGCACCUACUGCUCCAUUUAUUGGCGCUGGAUCUGGGACACAGAAUGUUCCAUCGCCAUACAUGAGUACUUAUUUAUAUUCAUCAAUGCUGCCAAAUUUGGAUAAUGUUAAAGAAACAGUCACGAUAUACAUACCGAAUUCUGUGGUUGGUGCCAUUAUUGGACGUGGUGGAUCGACCAUUCGUGAAAUGAUGAACAAUUCUGGAGCCGUAAUCAAGGUUGCUCAAAUGAAUGAAGAAGAUACAAGUUCAUCGACUGCUAUUGAAAGCAGCAGUAGUGCUAUUAGCAAGCCUUUAGAACGUCGUGUAACGAUUUACGGAAAUGCAUUUUCACAGAAUCAAGCACAAUUUUUUGUAUUUCAAAAAGUUUAUACAGAAUUAUCCAAUCAAUUAUCAAUGACUGCCAGCCCUGCAACUAUUUGUCCUUAUGGUGAUCCGGCCAUUUUAAAAGUAGAAAUAAUGGUGCCCACGAAUCAAGUUCGACGUAUUAUUGGAAAAGGUGGUUCCGUUAUUACCGAAUUACAGCGAACAUCGGGCGCUACAAUCAAAUUAUCAAAAGAAAGUAGAAGUGAUUCAACAACGUCUUCAACAUCAUCAUCAUCACAGCCAACGAUAACAACCACAGCGACGACGACAGUAAAAUCAUCAGUAACAUCACCAGAAGAACCAUCAUCACCGAAUGGUGGCGAUGGAACGACAGUUACGGAAAAAUUAAGCCAACAACAUCAACAACCGUUAACAUCAUCAUCAUCGACGACGACAAUUAGUGAACAACAGCAAGAUCAGACUUCGGUUUUUAUAAUUGGUGAUUUUUAUUCAUCAUUCAAUGCUCAAAGACAGAUUCGUUUUAUUGUACAUCGAUCAAUUACAGCUCCAUCAUCAUCAUCAUCGUCAACAACAGCUACUGCUCCAUCAACAUUGUCUGUGCCUUCUUCCGCAACAUCGACAACGACGAGUAGUCAGCCAUUAACAACAACGACGACGACAACAACAACAACCGCAAGUAGUAGUGAGUUGACGACAAAAUCAUCUGUUGAAUCUCAAUCAUCUAAACCAAGUGAUGGAACAUCAACGAUAAAAGAUCAACAAUCGUCGUCAAGUGUUGAUGAUACUAAAACUAGUAGUACGACGACGGUGACAACUUCCGCAAUAAUAUCAUCAACUGCGAACAAUAAAAACACUGCCUCUUUAUCAUCAUCGAAUAUUGCUACUGAUACGACGACGGCGACUGAGCCAAUAUCCGAUUCCACAAAACCAGAAUCUUGAAAUUAUUUUCUAAUCAAUUUCAUACCUCAAUCUAUUCAAUGACAAUAGUAGGCCCCUUCAACAAAAAAUGAUCAUAAGAUAUAAUAAUGCAACUUUAAUUCGGAAUUUAUUCAAUUGAAAAUUUAUUCAAAAUCAAAUUAGAAAUAAAAUCUGCUUUUUCAUAUUGCUCAUAAUACCUAAACACACCUACACACAAACACACACACACACAGAAAUCCAUAUGAAUUCGUCUGUCAUGAAUCCUUCAUCAUUUUAUUGUUGCUCAAGAUUAAUCAGCAAAAA